CUCAAACAAUGAAUUAUUCCUAUAUACCUGCAUAUACUUCUUUCGCUUCCCUUCCUCUUGAGAAUCGUCACCAAAAUCGUCCUCACUCAUAUCUAUACAACCAGUCUCGUCAGUGCUGUGGCCACUGCAAUUAAGCAUCUUCGUUGUCGCAGAUUUUGCACAGCCUUCCAACGAGCAUACAAGAAGCUGUAGACCGCUACUUACUUGUACCUACCACUCUCUUACUUCACACUCUCCCGAUCCGUCGAUCGGUUAAAAACAAAACACGGCGCGUACGACGAGAGUCGCGUCGUCCAAGGGGGAUGCAGGAUGCAGGUAGAAGCGAUACGUAGACAAGCUGCACUGGAAGGAACUGAGGUCUUCGCCCAAAAUCAGUCGAUUCGUUUGAGCGAAAUCGUCGCAUUCGCACUUCUUCUAGGCUUACUUUUUUUUUGUUCUAUCUGAUACUUAUAUAUAUAUAUAUAUUGAAAAAUCAACUGCGCCGACGGUCGAGAUGCCCCGGUGUCUGUUGAAGAGUAUGAUGCGCUACGGACAGAACGACAGGUCUGACGAUGAUUUGAAGUCGCCAGUCCAGCGAGCACCAGCUGUCAAAGAGCCCAAGAAAAAGAAAAGAAGAUACAAGGAGGGCCAGGGAAAUAUAGACAACAUUUGGUCUUGGUCAAACCUUCCCAUAGUUACCAGAUAUAACUUCCAUCAGAAAAAUGAGAGUGUACUCUGGAACCCAGAAUCAGCUAAAAACAUCGAGUGCUUCAUUAACAACACCGGCAACCACAGCAACGUUGACCAAGCUCAGGAAAAUUCAUCUGCAAGCUGGAGCGAUGAUCAGGCUGUAACAUACCAUGAGCAAGCUGAUGUCAAAGCAUUGGAGAUGGCUCGAUUGCUGCAGUUACAGGAAAAUCACUCAACGGUGAAUGUCAGAGUCAAGGAGAAGAGUGCAGAUGUUUUUCUGUGUUCGAGUAAUGCACAAAUGCAGAAUGUGGUGUCUGUGAUUUAUUCACCGGCUGACAACAAGGAGAAUGAGACUGUCAAGUCAGGGGAGGAGGAUAGAGGCUGCUCUGAGAUUGAGGGAACGCCUAAUCAUCAGAAACGAAACAAGACCAUGCACUUUUGUCAGUAUUGUCACAAGAGUUUCGACAGACCUUGGGUACUUAAAGGUCAUUUAAGGCUGCACACUGGAGAGAGGCCCUUUGAAUGUCCAGUUUGUAACAAAUCUUUUGCUGACAGAUCAAAUUUGAGAGCUCAUCAGAGGACCAGGAACCAUCAUCAGUGGCAGUGGCGCUGUCAAAUUUGUUUGAAGGCUUUUUCGCAGAGACGCUACCUGGAACGACAUUGCCCAGAAGCAUGCCGCAAAUACAGAAUAUCUCAGAAAAAAGACUGACCAUAUAAACAAUUAUUAUGUUAAUAUGUAGAAAGAAGUUUGUCUUGUUUCCCUGUUGCAGUUGAUACCUGUAUUUUAAAGAAAACAGUUUGUACGUAUGUUUUUUAGCUUGUUUCUAUUGUAUUUUUUACUCAAAAUUUGUAGUGUUAAACUAUCUGUAAUGCAAAUUAAGGUUGUAAUUUUUAUGAAAAGUUCUCUAUAACAGGCGUUUUAAGACCAUGUAUCUAUCUUUAAGAACAGAAUUUAACCUGUCAAUAGUUAUUUUAUAAUAAAAUAUCGUUUAUUA